AUGAAUGUGUUCCUUGAGUCAUCCAACUGUUUCCCUUUCAGACUGCACCGCUUCGGCUGCACUGUUAACUCGCUAAAAGAGGCGCAAAGAGGGGAGCCGGUGCGGCAACUGCCGGCGUCUGCGGCUUCGGCGGCGACGGUGGACAGGCGUGGCCGGAUCGCCGGCGGCUACCGGCUCGAGGUCAGCUGCUGCGGCCAGGGCGUUGGCCGCUCUGGUCAUCGCCCCGCCCCGCUCUGGCCGGCCGCCGGGUCGGCACGCCACACCACACCACGGGACAGCGGCGGCCGCCGCAGCGCCGGGGGCGACGCCGCCCACCGCAGGUCAACUCCGGCCGGACGCGCGUCGCCCAGCUGCCACCCGCCGUCAGAAGCCGCGGGAGUGUCGUUGCUGGACCGAGGUACAGAUACGCGGCCGCCGGCGGAGUACUCGGAGCCGGCGGUGGCCCUCGGCGGUCGCGCCGUACCGGCCGGAUGCGGCGGUCUCCGCCGGCGGCUGCAUUCCGCGGUCUGCCGCCGCGACUGUCUGCCCGCGUGCCGGCGGCCGCCUCGCCCCAGUGGUCGCGCGCCGAAGGAGCCGGGUCCGCUUCUUGCGGCCUCAGCCUGCAGCCUCCAGCCUCCAGCCUCCAGCCUCCAGCCUGUGGCCGCUGCAGCUGUCCCUCGGCCGCCUGCCUUCCGGUGCCGCGCCCUGCCCUCCGCCACACACAAGAACCGCGCCGCGGAAUGUCCCUCGGAGCUCGGUACCGGUCGGGUACACGCUACGCGCUCGGCCGAAGCGCCGCCGCAGCCGCCGCCGCCGGCCCACGGCGACAAGGGGUAUUGGAGGCUCGCGGUAAUCCAUCGGGGGCGGCGGUGCAACGCGAGACCGCCGGCGGUGUCGCGGGUUACUAAUGGGCGAGCGCUCUACGCGGACGCCGGCUGA